GUGGAGGCGCUGGUGGCGCAGGGCGGGGAGUCGCCGUGCGCCGAGACGCACGCGCCGACCCUGGCGGCGGCGCUGCUGCGGCUGCUGGCGGACGCGACGGGCGCCGGACGCCGCCCCCGCCGCCGCGCCCCGCACCUCGCGCCGCCCGCCCCCCGGCCGCCGCCCCCUGCGCGCGCUGCUCGCGCCGCCCGCGCCCUCGCGCAAGCCCUCCGCCCGGCCCCGGCCCCCGCGCCGCCCGCGCUCGCCGCACUGCUCCACGACCUGCUGGCGCCGUUCGCGGACCAAGACGAGACUAAAGUGACCAAAUUUCAUCAUGCUUGUCAGAUGUGCCUCAGUGUGACCACAUCGCCACUCAUUGCUCUGCCAUAUGUUGCUGUUGUUUUGGAACGUCAGAUCAAGGAGGAUGCGUGUGAAGGGAUACAUCAAAUAAGAAGGUAAAAUUUUCUGUUUUGUUUCUCUAAAUGAUUUCUAAUCUCAUUAAACUUAUGUGAUUUUACAAACUUGAUUCUGUAUUUAUAUUUACAAAUUUUGAUGCAAUGUUACAAUGUUUUGUGCCAUCAGGCAUAUAACACAUUUGUGAAUUUUUUUAUUAUUACUAAAAUUAGUUUCUUUUAUUAGUGUUUUAUUAUUGUUGUGCACAUGUCAAUUUAUGGAGAGGGGGAG